AUGGAAGGUAUCAAAGAUAAAAGCCUAUUGACAAGAUUUACGAGAAUACGCAAGAGACCUCAACAGCCUUUAACAGACCUCACCGAGCUGUACAGUCGAAUUGCUAAUGAAUCCAUAUACUACUUGAAGUUAGAGGAAAAGCAAGAGUACCGGAAGGCAGUACUUGGUUGGAAGGCACUAAAUACACAUGUCUUGUAUGAGUUGACACAAAUAGAACACCAAUAUCCUCACACACAACAUUUCACCAAGGAUGAAAUCAGCAUUCAGAAUGGGGUACGAGAAUUAUAUCACAAAAGCUUGCAGCACUUGGAACGAGUCACCAAGCUUCACCAGGGUGCUGAACCUGAAGCGUACUCUGCGGGGAAAUUAGCAUCAUCUUUUUCAAGGAGACCAGCACCCCCGGCUUCGGGUUCUAGAUCAAUGCUCAAAACAUUGAGGGACCCGAAAUUGCAAUACAAUAAAAACCACACCGCGUCAGCUCCAGCUAUCACCAAUGGGAAGCCUAAUAGCAGAAGCAACAGCCACAAUGCGAAAAUUAAUUUCACAACUUCGAAGCCCUUGAGGGCCGAGAAUGCCUUCAAUGGCUUUGAUGAGGAGCAGAACUUGAUAGAUUUUUCGGACGAUGACAAUGAUGUAAGCUCCAAGAGUGAGCCUGUGCUCGCAAGUGAUACAGCCAGUGACAAUGGCAUCGACUUUGAUGUGCAAGACUAUUUUGACGACUAUUUGGACGUCGAUCAAGAGGAGCUGAAACGGUUAGAGGCCUUCAAUAACUUAGAAGGAAUUCGCAGCGAAUUUAACGACUUUUCAAUGGCCACGAAAUCAUUGAGCCCUCAGGCAGCGGAUUCGCAAGCGAAGCCAACCCGAGUGGCGUCACCGCCGGCCCGAGAAAAAUUGAGACAGCGCCCUGCUCAAGCACCUGUAAUCAGAUCCGGGGCUUUGCCAAAAACAACGAACUCAUCCAUCAGCACAACUAAGCGUCCUGUAAGGAAAGAUGCGGACUCUUUGAGUACAUCCCGGCCGGUUGCCCAGAACUCAGCAUCGGCUCCCAUCGUUAAGAGCCGCGCUACAGCGGCGUCGACGAAAGACGUACCGAUAUUAAAUAAAAGAGUCUUAAGAGCACCUAAGCCAGCGAGUGGGGGGAAGGUCUCUGAAUCUAGAUCGACCAAGUCCAAACAGCCUGUUAGGGCUUCCCCUAUCAAUACUAUCAAGGGAGUUCAACAAAAACAGGGAGCCGCGUCUGCUGCACCAACAAAAGCACUACCAAAGCCCAAAUCACCUCCCCCCUCCACUAAAAGCCGAGGAGAGUCUGUGGUUCCCGCGUCAGAGGACAUAGACGAGAAAACGAUCAAAGAAGCCCUCGAAGAUGAAAUAAUCGAACAACUUAGAGGUAUUGAUAAGGCAGCGGCCAAACAGAUAUUUUCGGAAAUUGUUGUUCGCGGCGAUAAAGUGCACUGGGAUGACAUCGCAGGUUUAGAAGCAGCCAAAAAUUCUUUGAAAGAGGCGGUUGUAUACCCCUUCUUGAGGCCCGACUUGUUUAGGGGCUUAAGAGAACCAGUACGGGGAAUGCUGCUUUUUGGUCCUCCCGGUACAGGUAAAACUAUGCUGGCCAGGGCAGUAGCUACCGAGUCGAACUCGACAUUCUUCUCGAUCAGUGCCUCAAGUCUAACAUCAAAGUACUUGGGUGAAAGUGAAAAACUGGUUCGUGCCCUGUUUGCCAUUGCCAAGAAACUCUCGCCAUCGAUUGUGUUUGUCGACGAAAUCGACUCUAUCAUGGGAAGCAGGAAUAACGAUGGAGAGAAUGAGUCUAGUCGUAGGAUCAAAAAUGAGUUUUUGGUUCAAUGGUCAUCACUUUCGAGUGCUGCAGCUGGCAGUAAAGGUAAUGCCGCUGGGGCUAGUAAUGAAGAAGAGGAGGACGAACGAGUUUUAAUUUUGGGUGCUACCAACCUUCCCUGGAGCAUUGACGAAGCCGCUCGUAGGAGAUUCGUGAGACGGCAGUAUAUACCUCUCCCGGAGGUGGAGACCCGAAAAAAACAGCUUUCCAAGCUGCUAAUGCAUCAAACUCAUACUUUGACGGAAGAUGACUUUACAGAGCUUCUGGAACUCACGGAUGGAUAUUCCGGUAGCGACAUUACUUCGCUGGCCAAGGACGCAGCGAUGGGUCCCCUGCGAGAACUGGGUGACAAACUUCUUUCCACACGCCGUGAUCAAAUUCGGGCAAUUACAUUACAAGAUGUGAAGAACAGUUUGAGCUACAUCAAGCCAUCUGUCUCGAAGGACGGCUUGGAGCAGUACGAGGAAUGGGCCGAAAAAUUCGGUUCCUCGGGUGUGUAA